UUACCACUUCCACACCCUUUCCAACACCACAACUCUUUAUCAAACAAACCAAUACCUACACAAAACUCUCGCAGGACGACGACUAAAGCACAUACAAGUUCAUACAAAGUCACAAACGUCUACAACACCUCUCGCGCGACAGGAUGAAUACCCGAGCAAAGCUCAAAGGUCACCUCGUCAUGCCGGUCAUGAAACUUCUCGCAUUGUCCCUCUACAUUCUUCCAGCUCAAGCCUUCUUCCGUCAUCUCUGCUUCGGUGAACUCGCCAACGGUCGCAUCGAUCCUAUAGUCUCUCCAGGUCAGCCAUCGCAGCAUCUCCAUGUCACUUUUGGCGCUUCUAACCUCGGUUUCGAUCCCACCCUUGACGAACUCUUGGACUCAAAUUGCUCAAGCUGCUCCAUCACACAAGACCAUUCGGCAUAUUGGGCUCCACGCAUGUACUUCCAGUACUCCAAUGGCACCUUCGAAAUGGUUCCAACCUCAGGCGGCAUGACUGUGUACUACUUCACUGAAGGACCCUAUGGCGACGGCUCAAACGUUACCGCGUUCCCCCAAAACUUCCGUAUGAUUGCUGGCAGCUCGACUAAGCGCACUUUUUACGGACCAGAACCAGAUCCACCGAUGUCAACCUGGGAUUGGAGCGAUACCACCCAGCAGUCACUCAUGGAGAAGGCGCUCGGCUUCAACUGUUUGCAUUAUGAUCAACCCCCAAACGAAGGCGCCUUGGAUUACCACUACCUGCGCAAUAAAACUUUCCUUGACUCCACCUGUACCGAUGGGAUCCGUGCCGAGUUGAUGUUUCCAUCCUGUUGGAAUGGACAAGAUCUAGACAGCGCCAAUCACAGUACCCAUAUUGCAUACCCAAACGAGGUCAAAUAUGGUUGGUGUCCUGAUGAUUAUCCUGUUCGACUUCCAGUCUUGUUCUACGAAACCAUCUACCAGACGAACUUGUUCAACAACAUUGACGGACAGUUUGUGUUCUCCAAUGGUGACCCUACUGGUUAUGGCUAUCAUGGUGACUUCAUCUGCGGUUGGAAUGAAGGUGUGCUUCAAGAAGCUAUCGACAGCACCGUCUGCACCGGUCUCAACAGUAGCGGCUUGCAAGAAGAUUGCCCCAUUUUCAUUCUUCAGGAUGAGGGAAAUGCUACAGAAUGCAAGCUGGACAUGCCAGAAGCUCUGCAGAAUGAGGCGAUCAACUAUAUCCAGACACUUCCUGGCAACAUCCCCAUCCAAUCCGGUCCUCAGUCUGCCACGUUCCCAGCAAACGCACCUUCAGUCCAGCCAUCUGCAGCAAUGCCAAAUAGCACCACACUGCCGUCGCCUCCAAUUCCGACCCCUGGACCUACAGCAUUGACCUCAUCGACCUCACAAAGCUCUUUCGAUGUGUUGGCAUCUACCACAAUUGUUCAACCUGACUCGUUCACUACGAUGACAACUUCAUAUGUGAGCGGCAACACAAUUAUUGAAAUGAUAUUGGUCGAAGAAGUUGUUACCGUCACUAGCUUUGAGGGAGUGGAACCUACAGGAGGCGUCCGCAAACGUCAUCUGCACAAGCAUGGCCACAAAGCCCGACAGAAUCUGUUCUAAGGCUGAUAUAGCUUGGUAUAGCUGACCAAAGUGAUGUCCCCUUGGGUAUCCAGACACAAACCAGGCUGGCUUGGAAAUAAUCCUGGCAAAUGUGCAGACACGGAAGUGCCUGGGGCACUG